CUAGAUCUAGAUACAUGAUUAUGUAUGAAAACGAAAAUUCAUGAAUUAUAAUUCAGAAAAUGGUACUUAAUUUACUAGACAGUACGAUGUUGUUAGCCUAGGUCCCAUGCAUCUCACCUAAUGGUGCUGUUUGUGGGUUGGGACAUCAUAUCACACCUGGAGUAUAUGGAGAAACCUACCUACAACAACAACUGGGCUGGGAUCAUAUACAUUGGCUAUUCGACCAAACAUGCAUCGUCACACACACUGACGGUGCUUAUAAGUUGUUCAUUUGUACCCCACCUCGAUCGAUCGUCCAACAUGGCAGCAGCAGCAGCAGCAAUGGCAUCCUCCCUCCUCCCCGUCCUCCUCCUCGUCGUGGCGCUGUCGUCGCCGCCGUGGGUGGUCGUCGUCCUGGCGGCGGACGCCGACGACGGCACCACGCACCUGCACUUCUUCAUGCACGACAUCGUGGCCGGGAGCAACCCGACGGCGGUGCAGGUGGUGAAGGGCCCCGCCGCCACGGGGUCGAUCGUCCCGGGGCUGGCGUUCGGCGACACCACGGUGAUCGACGACGCGCUGACGGAGACGUCGUCGCCGACGUCCGCCGCCGUGGGCCGCGCGCAGGGCUUCUACAUGAUGUCGUCGCAGUCGGGGCUCGUGCUGAUGGUGUGCGCCAACCUGCUGCUCACCACGGGGGACCACAACGGCAGCACGCUCGCGGUGGUGGGCCGGGACGACGUGGCCGCCGACGUGCGGGAGCUCUCCGUCGUCGGCGGCACGGGCAAGUUCAGGAUGGCCACCGGGUACGUGCUGUGGAAGACGUCCAGCAUGAGCGGGCCCGACGCCACCAUCGAGCUCGACGUGCACGUGAGGACGACGGCGACUGCAGCCACGGGUAGCGGCGCCGCCAUCGACGGCGGCGGCGGCAGCAUCACCACUGGUGCCUCCUCGGCCGCCGGCGCCAAGCGGGUUGGAGCAGGGUGGGUCAGUGCGUGCGUCGUCGCCGUUGUUGUUGCGGUAGUUGGAUCCGGGGUAUGGUGAUCAGCUAUCGUGCAGUGUCUGGUGGCAUGUCCAUGACUCCAUGAGUCCAUGUACGUAUAUAUAUACUUGCUUGCAAUGUACUAGUACGUGGUAUGGUGUUGGUC